CGAGGUGUAAAACCCUCUGAUGCUUCUCUGGUGAUAAGCAGCCAAACGUCGUGUGUUCACACACUCGUGCAGACGGAGCGGAUGGUCUGUGCCACCGCAGCGGAUCGUUCGGCUGUCAGGCGCAGAGGAAUGACAAUUAGGAAGAAAUUGACUCGGCAGCAGGAGGGAGCGGGAGGAAGGAGGGAUGGGAUGUGAUCACGAAGAAGAGAGGAAAACCUCCUUUUUUUUCUUUUUUUCUGGGAGAUAAUGGUCGGUGGAACGUCAGCAGGGACGCAGAACCUUUAAUUUACACAGAAACAGGACCAAGUGGAAGAAAAGGAGGUUUGAAUGAGUGAAGAAGAAAAGAAAAAGAAGCAGGAGAGGUGGACGUGAUGGAGUGUAGGAGGACACGCUGAUGGUUGAGACGCAGCGUUUGAUCUGAGAGAGAACAGAGGGAUGAAGAGGAGAAACAACAGAUGGAAGAAAAGAUCAAUGUAACUGAAGCUUCAUCUAAAGGACGGAGGAUCCUCAAACGCCUCAUCGUUUCCACGAAGCAGUGGAGUCUCUGAGCUGAAUCUGGACCUCUGGACGUGGCAGGUCAACGAGCGCACCAUGACCCACCGCUCCCCCAGGUUCGCCCGGAGGUGAUUUCUCCGUCCAGCGCCGCUACGUUUGUCUUUUGUCUCGUCUCCUUUGAACGAUGGAGGAACUGAUCUAAGUGAGCUCAGAACAGCCAAGCUUCUCAUCCUGGGAUUAUACCAUGAGGCUUCGCAGGGAGGCGGGGGAUUAACCAACUCGCCACCGACUGCGCCAUGACACGGGGCGGCGCCGUUUCUGAAGCAGGCGGACCGAAGCGUCCUCUGCCGGGUCCGGACCCCGCCCCCGCCUGCCGGAAGGUUCUGCUCUGAAUGGAGGGCGGAGAGACGAUGCGGCUGAUUUACUGAGCGACGGCAGCGUAAAAACCCAACGAGAGCAGCGACACGCUUCCUGUUCCCGAGGUUCUGGUUUCUAAACUGAUGGGUCUGAGGUCCCACAGGAAGACCUGACCCACUCGGGAUGAUCCUCGGCUCUGUAACACUUCCUGACUGCAGCAUACGAGGAACAGAUCCAUCUUGAUUUUUGUAUCAGACCUCAAAGAAGAGAAAGCCCCCCCCCCCCMCUUACCUCUGGUGGGGGGGAGGGUGAAGGCACUUCCUGUUUGAAGGUGUAGGACUCAGGGUUUUGUGGUGUAGUUUUUAGACCGUAGGGUUUAGUUUUUAGAGUAGAGCUGCUCUGUUCCGCUCUAUCGGCUCGGUGUUUCCUGACGCAGCAAGCUAGCCUUCGGCUGUUCCAGCRGCUGUGACUCAGGCAGGUGGUCAGAACACCUGGAUCCAACAACUGUGAAAGCAGCGACAUUUUGGCUACUUAGUUAAAUUCUGUUUUAGUUAAACUUCUGUAAUCUUUAGCCUGAAGUUCUCUGCCGUUAGCCUGCGUGCUAACCUUUAGAUUAGUUAGCCAUGGAUGCUAACCCGGGCCCAGGCCAAGGCAGUCCUGAAAGCCCCAACCGGGCCGUGGAGUACCUCCUGGAGCUGAACAACAUCAUCGAAAGCCAGCAGAAGCUUCUGGAGACGCAGCGGCGCAGAAUCGAGGAGCUGGAGGUGCAGCUGGACCGACUCAGCCAGGAGAACAAGGACCUGCGUCUGGAUCGGCAGCCGGUGGCUCCGCCUCCUCCUGUUCCUCCACCCGAGCCCCCUAUCC